ACAGGAAGAGGCGGGGGGCCGCGGCGGAGGUGGUGAGUGUUCCUGGGCGCCUUUCCCGCUGUGUCCCUUUCAGACUCGCGUCCGGGGUGGCUCUCCUGUGGGUUCUCCGGUCUCCAGAGUUGAGGGCGGGCCUGGCCCGAGAGGUGAAGAGGAAGAAAACUGAAGUCGAAGACCAUGGGAGAUGCCACAAAACCUUAUUUUGUGAGGCGUCCUAAAGAUCGAGGGACUACAGAUGAUGAGGAUUUCAGAAGGGGUCACCCCCAACAAGAUUAUUUAAUAAUGGAUGAUUAUGCUAAAGGCCAUAGCAGUAAAAUGGAAAAAGGCCUUCCCAAAAAAAAAGUAACACCAGGAAACUAUGGGAAUACCCCCAGAAAAGGACCGUAUGCUGUUUCUAGCAAUCCAUAUGCAUUUAAGAACCCAAUUUACAGUCAACCCGCUUGGCUCAAUGACAACCACAAAGAUCAGAGUAAGAGAUGGCUCUCUGAUGAACUUGCCAGUAAUUCAGACAGUUGGAGAGAAUACAAACCCGGACCUAGAAUCCCUGUUAUAAACCGACCAAGAAGAGACUCUUUUCAGGAAAGUGACGAUGGAUAUAGGUGGCAAGAUGGAAGAAGCUGCAGAACUGUAAGACGACUAUUUCAUAAAGAGCUGACAAACCUGGACACCAUGUCAGAAAUGGAAGCGGGAAGCCCUGAAAACAAGAAGCCGAGGUCCAGACCUCGGAAGCCACGGAGAACUAGAAAUGACGAAAAUGAACAGGAUGGAGACUUGGAAGGCCCUGUGAUCGAUGAGUCUGUGCUUUCAACGAAGGAGCUGCUGGGCUUACAGCAGGCUGAGGAGCGGCUGAAAAGAGACUGUAUCGACAGGCUGAAAAGGCGACCAAGAAACUACCCUUCAGCAAAGUACACCUGCAAACUUUGUGAUGUUUUAAUUGAAUCCAUUGCAUUUGCUCAUAAACAUAUCAAAGAGAAGAGGCACAAGAAAAACAUUAAGGAGAAGCAAGAGGAAGAGUUGCUCACCACGUUACCCCCGCCUACACCCUCCCAGAUAAAUGCAAUUGGUAUUGCCAUUGACAGAGUGGUACAGGAGUUUGGCUUACACAAUGAGAACUUGGAACAGAGACUAGAAAUUAAACGUAUCAUGGAAAGUGUGUUCCAACACAAGUUACCAGAUUGCUCUCUGAGAUUAUAUGGGUCAUCCUGUAGCAGAUUUGGUUUCAAAAAUUCGGAUAUAAACAUUGACAUUCAAUUUCCAGCCAUUAUGUCUCAGCCAGAUGUUCUCUUACUUGUCCAAGAAUGUUUAAAGAACAAUGACUCUUUUAUUGAUGUUGAUGCAGAUUUCCAUGCUCGAGUGCCAGUGGUGGUGUGCAAAGAAAAGCAGAGUGGUCUUCUUUGUAAAGUGAGUGCAGGAAAUGAAAAUGCUUGUCUGACAACAAAUCAUUUAACUGCCCUUGGAAAACUAGAAUCAAAGCUGGUUCCUCUGGUGAUUGCAUUUAGGUACUGGGCAAAGCUUUGCAGUAUAGAUCGCCCUGAAGAAGGAGGUUUGCCACCUUAUGUGUUUGCUCUGAUGGCCGUUUUCUUUCUUCAACAGAGGAAAGAACCCCUUCUGCCUGUUUAUCUAGGAUCAUGGAUUGAAGGAUUCUCACUAAACAAAUUAGGAAACUUCAACCUUAAAGAAAUUGAGAACAACUCUGUGGUCUGGGAAUACAGUGAUAAUGUUGCAGGGGAUGUGGACUCAACAAAAGAGGAGGCACCAAAGGAAAUGGCCAUUAAAAGGGGACAGGUAUCAUUAAUAUUUGAUUCAAAACAGCAGCCUUCAGUACCAGUUGGGCAGCUCUGGGUGGAAUUGCUCCGAUUCUACGCUUUAGAAUUUAAUUUGGCUGAUUUAGUGAUAAGUAUCCGUGUCAAAGAAUCGAUAUCUCGUGAAUCAAAGGAUUGGCCCAAAAAACGCAUUGCCAUUGAAGAUCCCUACUCUGUAAAAAGAAAUGUGGCAAGGACCCUAAAUAAUCAACCUGUGUUUGAAUAUAUACUUCAUUGUUUAAGGACAACGUAUAAAUAUUUUGCUCUUCCACACAAAGUUAUGAAAUCCAGCCUUCCAAAGCCUCUGAGUACUGUCAGCUGUACUUCUGAACGUUCUAAAGAAAUAGCAAAACAUGAUCCAGAGGUACAAGCGAAAGGUGAUAAACUCAAAAACUCAGUUUUGGCUCAAGGUUCUGGUGCUGCCAGUUCAACUGCAAACACCUGCAAGGCACAGCCACUUACUCUUAAAGAGACUGCUAAAAACUUUGAAAGCCCAUCAGCAGAGAAAAUGGAAAACUCACACAUCAGUGUCCACCUGGAAAACUCUGACUAUAUUAAGGCAAGAGUCAGUUCUAGUGACUCUAAGGACAUUGAAGUACAUCAUCAAGAAACAGGAAGUAAAAAUAAGAAAGAAAAAAGUGGAAAGGAAGGCAAGCAUCCUUUGACUGCUGAUGAUCAAGCUUUAAGUAGUAGCAAGUGUGGCACGCUUGUCACCUGUGGCAGCCCAGGAAAUAAGGAGAAAGAUGCCAAUUUGGAUCUAAAAGGCUUCAGAAAUCCUAUAGCUAAAGAGUAUGAUGAAUUUCCUACUUCAUAUGCCAAGGCUGAUAUUGAUGAAGAAAGCAUAGAAGGUACCAGUGAACUCGGAGAUGCUGUAAGCCACUUUACCCCUUCAAGACAGAGCCAGAUAUCAGGAAUCCUUCACUCUGAUGAGGAAGAGGAGGAUGAGGAGGAGGAAGAAGAACCAAGGCUCUCCAUUUCCCGAAGGGAAGAUGAGGAUGACAUUGCUAAUGGAGACGAAUUAGACAACACCUUCACUGGAUCAGGGGAUGAGGAUGCCCUGUCUGAAGAGGAUGUGGAAUUAGAUGGAUCUACUAAGUAUGAUGACUUGAAAGAAUGUGGAAAACACCAUGUAGAUGGAAAUCUUCUAAUGGAACUUAAUAAAAUCAGCCUUAAAGAAGAAAGUAUGUGUGAGGAAAAUUCAACUGUGGACCAGUCUGAUUUCUUCUAUGAAUUUAGUAAACUCACCUUCACCAAAGGCAAGUCUCCUACAGUGGUUUGCAGUUUAUGCAAACGAGAGGGUCAUCUAAAGAAGGACUGUCCUGAAGACUUCAAAAGAAUCCAGCUGGAACCUUUGCCUCCAUUAACACCCAAAUUUUCAAAUAUCUUAGAUCAAGUUUGCAUUCAGUGUUACAAGGAUUUUUCUCCAACUGUUCUAGAAGAUCAGGCACGUGAACAUAUUCGGCAAAACCUAGAAAAUUUCAUAAGGCAGGAGUUUCCAGGAACUAAAUUAAGCUUGUUUGGCUCCUCCAAAAAUGGAUUUGGGUUCAAACAGAGUGACCUUGAUGUCUGCAUGACAAUUAACGGACUUGAAACUGCUGAGGGGUUGGACUGUGUAAGAACUAUUGAAGAAUUGGCAAGAGUCCUCAAAAAGCAUUCAGGACUGAGAAACAUCUUGCCUAUUACAACAGCAAAGGUGCCAAUUGUGAAGUUCUUCCAUUUGAGAAGCGGUCUGGAAGUGGACAUCAGUUUGUAUAACACAUUGGCCCUUCAUAACACAAGACUCUUAUCUGCUUACUCAGCCAUUGAUCCCAGAGUGAAAUAUUUGUGCUAUACUAUGAAAGUAUUUACAAAGAUGUGCGAUAUUGGUGAUGCUUCUAGAGGCAGCUUAUCGUCAUACGCAUAUACGCUCAUGGUGCUAUAUUUUCUUCAGCAGAGGAAUCCACCAGUUAUUCCUGUCCUUCAGGAGAUAUACAAAGGUGAAAAGAAACCUGAAAUAUUUGUUGAUGGCUGGAAUAUUUAUUUUUUUGAUCAAAUAGAUGAACUGCCCAACUAUUGGCCAGAAUAUGGAAAAAAUACAGAAUCUGUUGGGCAGCUGUGGUUGGGACUUCUUCGUUUCUACACAGAGGAAUUUGAUUUUAAAGAACAUGUAAUUAGCAUCAGGAGAAAAAGUCUGCUUACAACUUUUAAGAAACAGUGGACAUCAAAAUACAUUGUUAUUGAAGAUCCGUUUGAUUUGAAUCAUAAUCUUGGAGCCGGAUUAUCAAGGAAAAUGACAAAUUUUAUAAUGAAAGCAUUUAUUAAUGGGAGAAGAGUAUUUGGGAUUCCAGUCAAAGGAUUUCCAAAGGACUACCCCUCAAAAAUGGAGUACUUUUUUGAUCCAGAUGUGCUAACUGAAGGACAGCUGGCCCCAAAUGAUAGAUGUUGCCGCAUUUGUGGGAAAAUCGGACACUUCAUGAAGGACUGUCCUAUGAGGAGAAAAGUGAGGCGACGGCGAGAUCAGGAAGAUACCCUGAACCAAAGAUACCCUGAGAACAGAGACAAAAAAAGCAAAGAAGAUAAAGAAAUUCAAAACAAGUACACAGAGAGAGAGGUGUCAACAAAAGAAGAUAAACCCAUGCAGUGCACACCUCAGAAAGCCAAGCCAGCGAGGGCAGCCACUGAGCCAGGGAGAGAGAAAAUCCUCAGGCCACCAGUGGAGAAGUGGAAGAGACCAGAGGACAAAGACUUAAGAGAAAAACGUUGUUUUAUUUGUGGACGAGAAGGGCACAUUAAAAAGGAAUGCCCUCAGUUUAAAGGCUCUUCAGGUCUGUCUAAAUCAGAUUGUGUAUUUGGAUCCCCUUCUUCACAAAACCCUUUGAGACCAGCUGGCACAUUUGUUCAGGCAGUGCUUUUACAUGAAGACCAAAAGAAACAAAAAACAUCUAUAUUUUUGAGUCCCCAGUCAGGUAGCCUUUCCAGUAAAUAUAUGACUCAGGGAAAAGCCUCAGCGAAGAGGACCCAGCAGGAAUCAUGAGGGAAGGAAAAUGCCGCAUUCUAAAUGGCCACUCAGGCGUUCCUAUUCACUUUGAAAAUUAGGUUCAUUUUACAGGACACAGCAGCAUAGAUCAGGCUUCAACUUAACAUUUAAGGGAAAUGUCAGAUUUUUUUUAACUUAAUGAAAUUGUUAAUGAGGAAAAAAAUGUUUAAUACAGUCUUACCUACUACAGAUCCCUAUAGAUUUAAGGAUUUCAAUAGAAAGCCAUGAUGUAUGUAUUUAAGACAGGUUUUAAAAAAAAAAAAAUGUAACUAUGGGCCAGUAUUCAUUGAAUACAAUUUCAAGCUUUUUAAUUAUUUCAAAGCACACUAAAAAUAGUGGGCUGAUAAACUCCAAGUAAAUGAAUCCUUUUUUUCCUUUAUAAAUCCUUUUUGUUUGUUUUGAAGAGGGGAAAUUAUAUUUAUUGUUGUCAACUGAAUCCUUGUGUGAAAGCGUGUCAAACGUGUGAACUGCUACUGCUGUAUUUACGAUUUACAAACCUUAUUUUAUUGAUAUUUGUAGAAUUGAUAACAUGGACAUGAAUUACCACCUAUUAUGUGAGCCUCCUACGGAUGAGCAGUGCCACUGAAGGGCUUUUAGUUUUUUUCCCUCUCUAAUUUUAAAUUGACAUAUAACUACUAUGAUCGUAAAAAUGAAGUAAGGAAAACAAGAGUCCUGUUUGCUGCUAGAAACAUUUGCAAAGGAAAAAUGACAAAAGUAAUUUUUACUUUUUAUGAUACUCCGAAAUCAGGGUGGAUGACUUUUAAAAUCCCUGAUGAUUAAAGAGGCUGUCUCUGCCAAUCACAAGUUUGAUUGGUAUCAUUUAGAUCUGACCGGAGCCUUCACAGAACUGUUUCUCUAAUUCACGAGCCCUUCAGAAGUGGUCAGAACCAUGCCUCGGAUUAUCAUUUUGAAAUAAAAUCAAGAUUUCAACCUGUAA